GGUGCAGAAAGCGGCUGUGACCGACGGAAGUAAUUCCUUCCAGUGCCCCGGAACCCGCGGGGGUAGGCAGCUGGGGGUGGGGGGGCGGCCCUGAAUAGGGGCUGUGGCGGUACACGGGGAUACGGCUGCGGUGGCUGCAGGACUGGCUUGAAACUACUAAAGUUCCUGUGGGAUCAAAGAAGACUUACAAGAACACAAUGGAUGGAGAAGAGAAAACCUACGGUGGCUGUGAAGGCCCUGAUGCCAUGUAUGUCAAAUUAAUAUCUUCUGAUGGGCACGAAUUCAUUGUAAAAAGAGAACAUGCGCUAACUUCAGGGACAAUAAAAGCCAUGCUGAGUGGACCAGGUCAGUUUGCUGAAAACGAAACCAAUGAGGUCAAUUUCAGAGAGAUACCAUCACAUGUGCUCUCAAAAGUGUGCAUGUAUUUCACCUACAAGGUCCGCUACACUAACAGCUCCACUGAGAUUCCUGAAUUUCCGAUUGCACCUGAAAUUGCACUGGAACUACUGAUGGCUGCGAACUUCCUAGAUUGUUAAAUAAAAUAAAUUAUAAUAAACUGUUAAUUUUUUCAGUAUUUAAUACCUGUAGUUCAGUUAGUAAUUUUUUCAUAUAUAGCAUGUUGCCUGUAUGCAAUUGAACUAUAAAGUUAAUUGCAGAGCAGAUUAUCUUCUGUUCUUUUGCAUAGCAAUCAAAGUUGAAAUCUGUUUGCUACAUCAACAAAUUAAGGACGUUUUCACAAGCUGAAAUAAAUAUGCUGAUUUGUAGGUGGUUUUGCUUUAUCCUUUGGAUAUGACUUGUAAAGUUAUAACAAUGAUAUACCAAAUACCUAAAUGUAAGCAUAAAAUUAUGUGAAAAACAUGUUUAUAACUUAGCCAAAACAUUGAUUUUUAUAACUCAAAAAAUAAGAGUUGAAAUUUCUUAUGUGUUUUUUGAUAAACUGCAGUAUUGUUUAAGUGCAUCUUGUGUUUUGUUUAUUGCUACAAUUUAAGAACCAUAUUUAAAAGCAAUUUUGGAAGAUUACCAGGUACAACCUUUGAAAUAGUAGCUGUUCAAACUAUAGGCAGAUGGUCAGUAAAUGCCUUAGGAGUUCUUGUACACCACAGUCCAGAGUACUACUUCCAUUGACUAGAAAGUUUCCUUUGCAAUUUUCAGUCCUCAUAGUCUCUUGAGAUUCCACUUCCACUUGUUAAUGUGUCGUAAAAACACAAUUGGUUUUAUCUAGAUCUUAAAAACUGGACCUUUCUGAAUUGUCCCAGUCUUCCUCCAUCUAAUGAGAAUGCGGUAAAAUAAGAGAAAGGGAGCGAUGCAGUGGAAAUGGUGUGACACACUCAGGUGUGCUACCAGAGCACAUGUUCAGUUAAAGGCUACUGCAUUCAGAUUCCUAAGAAAGACCAACCGACAAAUCUGAAAAAGUUUAUGAGCAUCUCUGCUUGGCACAAGAGAAGGGCUGGAGCUGGAUAGAGUAGUAGAACAACACUCACUGCUUUAAUACCAGUUUUUUCUGGAAACUGCAGAAAUCAUAAAACUAACUUUUCCUCUUAAAUUCUAAACUUGUGCUUUCCCAAAUAUUAAAUGGUUGUGUAGAGUGUAUAUUUUAGUGACUUAAGGCUUAUUGGCACAUACUUGAGUACAGAUAAAUAUAUAAGUAUAGGAACUAUUCUAGGGCAGAGGGCAAGAGCUCAAAGGUAGUACUUAACAUGGGAGGCCCUCCCAUCAAUCUUUAGCUAAUUGCUCCAAUUCCAUAUCUAAAUGAUGGAUUUCAAAAGGCAGUAGCCAAAAAAAGUAACUUGGACCAGUUUUUUUUGUACGUUACUCUAUGUAUUAGGUCCACAAGAACCUUAAGUUUAGGACAUAAGGUAAAAUUACAACACACUAGGCAAAUUUGUAAACGUGCAGCAAAUGCUACUUUUGUGUUAAUAAAGGCUGUAUUGACUGAAAAGUCAUGAUGAACA